AUGAAGGAGAAGGAUGAAGAAAUAGAGGAGAAGGAUAGACAGAUGUGGGAGAAGGAUAGACAGAUGAGGGAGAAGUAUGGACAGAUAUGGGAGAAGGAUAGACAGAUAGAGGAGAAGGAUAGACAGAUGAAGGAGAAAGAUAGACAGAUAGAGGAGAAGGAUGAAGAGAUAGAGGAGAAGGAUAGACAGAUGUGGGAGAAGAAUAGACAGAUAGAGGAGAAGAAUAGACAGAUGAAGGAGAAGGAUGUACAGAUAUGGGAGAAGGAUAGACAGAUGAGGGAGAAGGAUGGACAGAUAUGGGAGAAGGAUACACAGAUAUGGGAGAAGGAUGGACAGAUAGAGGAGAAGGAUAGACAGAUGAAGGAGAAGGAUGAAGAGAUAGAGGAGAAGGAUAGACAAAUAGAGGAGAAGGAUAGACAAAUAGAGGAGAAGGAUAGACAGAUACAGAUAGAGGAGAAGGAUGAAAAGAUACAGGAGAAGGAUAGACAGAUAGAGGAGAAGGAUAGACAGAUGAGGGAGAAGGAUGGACAGAUAGAGGAGAAGGAUGAAAAGAUAGAGGAGAAGGAUAGACAGAUAGAGGAGAAGGAUAGACAGAUAGAGGAGAAGGGUAGACAGAUAUGGGAGAAGGAUAGACAGAUAUGGGAGAAGGAUAGACAGAGGAGGGAGAAAGAUACACAGAUAUGGGAGAAGGAUGGACAGAUGAGGGAGAAGGAUGGACAGAUAGAGGAGAAGGAUAGACAGAUAGAGGAGAAGGAUAGACAGAUAGAGGAGAAGGAUAGACAGAUGAAGGAGAAGGAUGAAGAGAUAGAGGAGAAGGAUAGACAAAUAGAGGAGAAAGAUAGACAGAUAGAGGAGAAGGAUAGACAGAUGUGGGAGAAGGAUACACAGAUAUGGGAGAAGGAUGGACAGAUAGAGGAGAAGGAUGAAGAGAUAGAGGAGAAGGAUAAAGAGAUAGAGGAGAAGGAUAGACAGAUAGAGGAGAAGGAUAGACAGAUAGAGGAGAAAGACAGACAGAGACAGAUGGAAUAUUAGGCUAGACAAAUGGAAUAUUAGGCUAGACAAAUGGAAGAGAAGGAUAGACAGAUGGAAGAAAAGAAUGGACAGAUUGAUAGUCUAAGACAAAUGUUUAUGAAGGGCAGUGAAGCUCACUUAUUGUUCAGUAGAUGAAUGGAAGAGUCAACUAGCUCAAGAGGCUGGUUGAGGGAAUGUAAAGAGUGCAAAGCUGUCAUCAAUCAUCUCCUCUUUGGCCAUUUGCCUCACCGGAGUACUAAUCACUAGCAUGAGAAUGAUGGCAGCGAUACACCCCACGCACACCAGAUACUGAUUCACCUGAUUACACACAGCGAUACACCCCACACACACCAGAUACUGAUUCACCUGAUUACACACAGCGAUACACCCCACACACACCAGAUACUG